AUAAAAAAUAUUUGUGUCGUGGCUAAAUAAGUUUUCCUUAUUUUUUUUAAUAGGAAAAAUAUUGUCCUCCAUACAAUUAUUUAACUAAUUCCUUGAAAUAAAGUAAAAACAAAAAAAUGGAUAAAACAAUGAAGUAUUUACUUCUUGUUGGAUUAAUAUUUUUAUCAGGAAUCUGCCAAAUUUCAGCAGAAUCCGAUGAUUCUAUUGAAACAAUUGACUUGGAUGUUGGAGCCUUCAAAGAAGGUUCUCGAACAGAUACUGAAACUUUAAAACGCGAAGAAGAAGCUAUUAAACUUGAUGGCUUGAAUGUUGCCCAACUUAAAGAACUUCGUGAAAAGGCGGAAAAGUUCACAUUCCAAACUGAAGUCAACCGCAUGAUGAAGCUCAUCAUUAACUCUCUAUACAAGAACAAGGAGAUCUUCUUGCGUGAAUUGAUUUCAAACGCCUCCGAUGCCAUCGAUAAGAUUCGUUUGCUUGCCCUUACUGAUCGAAAUGAAAUUGAAACCAAUCCCGAAUUAUUGAUCAGAAUCAAGGCGGACAAAGAAAACAAAAUCCUCCACAUCAUGGACACUGGUAUCGGUAUGACUAAUCAAGAUUUAGUUAAUAAUUUGGGAACAAUUGCCAAAUCGGGUACAGCUGAUUUCUUGGCUAAAAUGCAAGAUCCUAGCAAAAAUACCGAAGGUCAAGAUCUCAAUGAUAUGAUUGGUCAAUUUGGUGUUGGUUUCUAUUCAGCUUUCUUGGUUGCUGAUCGUGUUGUGGUUACAACCAAAAACAACGCUGACAAACAAUACAUUUGGGAAAGUGAUUCAAACAGUUUCACCAUCUCUGAUGAUCCUCGUGGCAAUACUCUACAACGUGGAACAGUUAUCUCAUUGCACAUGAAAGAAGAAGCUCAAGAUUUCCUCGAACAAGAAACAAUCAAACAAUUGGUUCGUAAAUACUCUCAAUUCAUUAAUUUCCCAAUUUAUUUGUGGGAAAGUAAGAAUGUCGAUGAAGAAGUUCCAAUUGAAGAGGAAGAAGUUAAAGAAAAGAAAGCCGACGAAGAUGUUAUUGAUGAAGAUGAAGAUGCUAAAGUUGAAGAAGAUGAUUCGGAAGAAAAGAAACCCAAAACUAAGAAAGUCACAAAGACUGUCUGGGAUUGGUCUUUGAUUAACGAAAGCAAACCCAUCUGGACACGUAAACCAAGUGAAGUCACCGAAAAGGAAUACACUGAAUUCUAUAAGAGUCUUACCAAGGAUACUUCAGAGCCCUUAGCUCAAACACAUUUCGUUGCUGAAGGUGAAGUCACAUUCAAGAGUUUGUUGUACAUUCCCAAAGUUCAACCAUCUGAAAGCUUCAAUCGCUAUGGAACCAAAUCAGACAAUAUCAAGCUUUAUGUACGUCGUGUCUUCAUUACUGACGAAUUCAACGAUAUGAUGCCAAACUACUUGAGCUUCAUUCGCGGUGUUGUCGAUUCUGAUGAUUUGCCUUUGAAUGUUUCACGUGAAACCCUUCAACAGCAUAAGCUUAUUAAGGUCAUCAAGAAGAAGUUGAUUCGCAAAGUUUUGGACAUGAUUAAGAAACUCGACAAAGACAGUUAUGAAAAAUUAUGGAAGGAAUACUCAACAAACAUCAAACUUGGAGUUAUGGAAGAUCCUAGCAACCGUUCUCGCUUGGCCAAGAUUCUUCGUUUCCAAUCAUCCCAUGGCAAAGGCAUAACUGGUCUUACUGAAUACGUUGAACGUAUGAAGCCAAACCAAGAACACAUUUACUUCAUUGCUGGAUCUAGCCGCCAAGAAGUUGAAAACUCACCAUUUGUUGAACGUUUGCUCGCCAAGGGUUACGAAGUUUUGUAUUUAGUUGAAGCCGUCGAUGAAUAUUGCAUCUCUGCUCUACCAGAAUUCGAUGGAAAGAAAUUCCAAAACGUCGCCAAGGAAGGAUUCAAAUUAUCCGAAUCUGAAAAGAGCAAGAGCAAAUUUGAAGAAUUAAAGAGCACCUUCGAACCCCUCGUCAAAUGGUUGAACGAAGAAGCAUUGAAAGAUAAAAUCAUGAAGGCUCAAGUUUCUGAACGUUUGAGCAACUCACCAUGUGCGCUGGUCGCCGGUAUGUUUGGCUGGACUGGAAACAUGGAACGUCUUGCCAUGUCCAAUGCCCAUCAGAAAUCUGAUGAUCCUCAGAGGUCAUACUAUCUCAAUCAAAAGAAAACUCUUGAAAUUAACCCACGUCAUCCAUUGAUUCGUGAGCUUUUGCGACGUGUUGAAGCUGACGAAGCCGAUGAGACAGCUAAGGAAAUGGCAACAAUGAUGUUCCGUACAGCAACACUUCGUUCAGGUUUCAUGUUACAAGAAACUGCCGACUUUGCUGACAGUGUAGAACGCAUGAUGCGACAGACACUGGGAGUGCCAUUAGACGAACAACCUGAAUUCGAUGAUGAAGAUGUUGAAGAUUUGGAUUCAAAUGAAUCAAAUCAAUCAGAAGAAGCCCCUGAGGAAGCUGAAGAAGAAGAGCAGCAUGAUGAGCUGUAGAAAAACACAGUACACAAGAUGUAAAUCAACAGACUGAAUUUUUAUUAUUAACUUUUUUUCAUGUAUUUACACGUACACAACAAGAGUUUUUACUUUGUAUUCAUUCGUUUUGUGUGUUGGUUUGAGCUCUGUCGCUCUCUUUAUGUAAUUGUGAAUAAGGCGCAUUAUUAUUAUUUUUUUAUAAAAUUCCUACUUAUCUACUAUUUAGAAA